CCAGUGAUUUAGGUAAGCAGCCACAACUAUAUGACGAGUGGAGAUUGCUACAUAUAUUCAAAACUUACACAACAGAAGUCGAUACGAAAGCCCCCCGGAUCUGCACCCAUACACCUCUUUUUCCAAGCACUGCUACCUUGACCUGGUACCAGAACCGCCACGCCACAGAUAGUACGCAUACCAUGCCCAAUCCUCGCUCAACCACCAUCGCCGCGGACCUCAGGCCUAAGACAAAUUUUGAACCCUUUGUCUCCAAUCCACGACUCUUGCCCGCCGACAUUGUGCUCCUUCUUCGCCACCCCAUGGGUCAUCACUCCGCAGUACACCAUCACACCGCCGUCGUUGGCGUACACGACCCGGAUCGGUGAAUGGGCCUGUACAUUGGUCUUCUUGGUAUUGUCAAUCGGUGCGUGUCGUUGCCAGAACACGGGUAAUUCGAGAAGAUCGAUAUUGGUUUUCUUGCAGGUGCCCACGCUCCAGUCGAGCCUUUGAUGAUCUGGACUCUUGCAUGCACAAUAUGGUCUAUCAUAGCUCAAAGACCACUGUUCGAAGGGUUCCUUGCCACGGAGGAUGACAUGACCCGUGAGCACGUCGAUACCCUUGGCAUCUUGCCGUUGGAGUGGUGGAGGGGGUGGGAGGCGCGACGGGAAAAGUUCACCGAAGAUGGCAGGCCCAUCAACCGCAGUCCAUUCCGGUCUCGGAGCGAUCGGUUUGAAGACAGCGUGCAGCAGCCCAGACGACAGGAAGGGAUGCCCGUUCUUGGCGACGAUGAACGGGAUGCUAUCUUUGACAUGCUACGACCGAUGCUCGCAUUUAGGCCAGAGGAACGGUGUACGACUAAGCAGACCCUCGAGUCAGAAUGGAUGGUGAAAUGGGCCUUGCCUGCAUAUGAACAGAUUCCGAAGAGUGAUCAAUAGAUGGUUUUGACUAUCGUCCAGAUGGG